CAAAAGUCACACCCUUUUUGCUCACUUUUCUCUCCCCACUCCAUUAUUAUACUCUCUUCCAUUUUCUCAUCAUAAAAGCUAGUUUGGUAACUGUGCUUGAAACUUGAAAGAAACUAGUUUUGUAGUUUUGUUAGCUAACAGUGUGUGUAUGUGUAAGUGAGUGAUGUGCAACAAGAACAGUAGUACUCUUUCACCAACAAAAACAAAAAGAAAAGCAAAAUCUAUUACUAUGAAGAAGAGAAAGAAACAAACCAAAAAAAAUAUAUGUUCAUCAAUUUCACCUUCUUCAUCUUCCUCUUCCUCUUCACUAAAAUCACGUAGAAACAAAACAAAAAGAAAAAAACCAAAGUAUCUUAGUCUACGUUUACAGCUCUCAAAAACAGAAAAAAACAAAGACCAACCCAAAAACAGCAACAACAAAAAAACACCAAAACAAGAACAACAACAACAACAACAACAACAACAAAAUCAAGUGAAUUUGUUUGCUCAUCAUCACGAUACAGAACACGACAUGCACGAAGAAAACAAUGUAGCGUUACUCUUCACAUCAGACGGUGGAGCAACGCUAAACGGUCUUCUAGAAAAUGAAUCGACAACGUUGACAACGACGGAGGAAGAGGAGGAGUCAUUGUCAGUGAUGAAGUGUCCGGUGAUGGAUCAAGGGUUGGUGAGGAAAGCAAUGAGGAGGAAGAGGAAUGAUGAAGAGAGUGAAGAGAGAUGGGUGAGUUAUUCAGAAGUUGUUGAAGAAACGAAGAAGGAAAUUAUGGAGGAAGUUAAUAGUACUUGUUUUGGAUUUGAAACGACGUCGUUUUUUGGGUCUUUGAGUUUGAAGUUGGAUCAUGAUGGGAUAUUGAAUGCUUGGUCUGAUAAAGGUUCUCUUUAUGUUGAUGGUUGUGAUGAGGCUCCUCAGACUGUUCCUGAUUUGUUCAAUGGUGGAAUCCUUCCCAAUGUAUUAUGGGAUGGUUAUGGGUGUGAUGUUAAUGGGAACACAUGGAAAGUUCCUGAAGGUGUUGGAGCUAACAAUAACAAUGUGAAGGUGAAGGAAGAAAUGGGUUGGAAGCAAGAAAUGGGUUGGAAGCUUGGGCAGAGAGAGGCAAGUUUGUUGAGAUACAAAGAAAAGAGGCAAAGCAGACUCUUUGCUAAGAGGAUCCGUUAUGAAGUUCGCAAAUUGAAUGCUGAAAAACGGCCUAGGAUGAAGGGACGAUUUGUGAAGAGGGAAUGAAAGUAUUGUUUGUAAUAGACCUUUGUUCCUGAAGGAGAUCGAAUUUUAGAAUUUCUAAUGAAGCUUAUAAUGUUGGAGAGGUCUGGUAGUUAGAUCUCAGGCCAUACCUUCAACAAAAUUGGGAAACUCAUGGAGGAAAUGAGUUGUGUGACAAUGUCAAUGUAGACACUGAAAGAAAAAAGUGUAAUUAAAAUAAUUUAAAUGAAUGAACAUUCUUUUAUUCUGUUGUUCUAUUGUAAAUAGAACUAGUUUUA